AUGCAUGGAGACAAUGUGGAUAGUUUGGAAACAAGGCACAAGCAGGUUUAUCAGCUGGAGGCAGUGAUGGCUUUUAGAGAAGUUUUUCAGGAUGGUCACAUGCUUCAGAUGAAUAAGAUCAAACAAGUCCUUAAAGGACGAAGGACAGAAAAGCAAGGUAAUUGUUGGGCUGUGGUGUUACAGGCAGUGCAUCUGAGAUCUUUCAGAACACUGGUCCAUUCAGAAAACUCAACGUCCCUUCCCGUUUGUGAUCCUGAUGAUCUUCCUCAUGCCUCUUCAUCCAAUGCCUCCAAUAGUCAAGCAUCACCACAAUCUGCUACCACACCAAGGAUGGAAAGUACAACAGGAACCGCACUUGCUACCUCUUCAAGAACUCCUCCAUCACUCAGUCUUCAGGGUCCCCUGUGUCCUCCUGUGUGUCCCCCAGCUCCACUAGAAGAAUUGUCACCAGACAGCAUUGAUGCUCAUACAUUUGAUUUUGAAACUAUUGCCCAUCCGAACUUGGAGCAAGCUCUUAAGCAAGGAUCAUUAGACUUGGAUUCAUUAGCAGAAAGUCCAGAAUCUGACUUUAUGUCAGCAGUAAAUGAAUUUGUAAUAGAAGAAAACCCAGUAUCUCCUAAUGUAAUAAGUGAUCCACAGAGUCCAGAGAUGAUGGUGGAAUCUCUUUAUUCUUCGGUUAUCAAUGCAAUAGACAGUAGACGUAUGCAAGAUACAAAUUCUUGUGUAAAGGGCGUUUCAGUGGAAAAUGCAUCUCUCAGUGUUUGCAUGGAGAAGUGUAGGGUUAUUGCCCAAGACUCAAAGGUACAUUUAAGAGGUAUAAAAGAAGAUCUUUGCCACUUUAGAACACUUGUACAAAGAGAACAGUGUGACUUUUCUAAUUCUUUAAAAUGCACUUCAUUAGAAAUAGUAAAUACUAUUGAGAAGGUAAAACUUUCACUUGAAAAAACACUAAAAGAUAAACAUCAAAAGGAAUUACAGUCUUUGAAAAGUGAAUAUGAAACUAAAAUUAAUAAGUUAUUGGAGGAUGGUGAAGAAAAUAAAAAGAAGAUUAAAAAGUUAAAAGGUGACUUAUUAGGCCUUGAGGAAGUUCUUCAGAAUAAGAAUGAUGAAUUUACAAUGGUGAAAAAUGAGAAAGAAGCUGUAGUUUGCCUUCAGAAUGAAAAAGACCAGAAAUUACUUGAAUUGGAAUGCCAAAUGGAGACACAAAAUUGUGAAAUUAAGGAACUGAGACAGUCACGGGAGAUAGUACUUGAAGACUUGAAAAAACUUCAUGUUGAAAACAAUGAAAAACUACAACUCCUGAGGGCAGAACUUGAGAGUUUAGAGCAAAGCCAUUUAAAAGAACUGGAAAACAACCUUCAAGCCAGGCAUUUACAGGAAUUUGAGAAAGUUCUAGCUGAGCACAAGGACUGUUUAGAUCAAUUAAAGAAAGAGAACCAGCAUAGACUUGAACAAAUGCAGGAAUCUCAUGCAGUAGUUAUACAGGAGAAACAACAGCAAGUGGAAGAAUUGCAACUCAAGGUUUCAGAUCUGUCUGAUUUGAGGUGCAAAUUGGAAGUUGAACUUGCCCUGAAAGAGGCAGAAACUGAUGAAAUUAAGCUACUUUUGGAAGAAAGCAGAAACCAGCAACAAGAGACCUUAAAAUCUCAGAUUGAUAAGGAAACUGAAAGUUUAAAAAAGGAGAUAGAUAAAUUAAACAGUAAAAUACAAAUUAACAGUGAAGAGUAUCAAGUGGGCUUAUCAGAACUAAGGACUUUGAUGACAAUUGAGAAAGAUCAGUGCAUUUCUGAGCUAGUAGACAGAUAUGAAGAAGAAUCAAAUUUGCUUAGAACUGAACUAAACAAAGUAACACUUCUUCAUCAAAAAACUUCUGAGGCAGAAAAAAGACUUUCAGAGCAAAUAACAGAAAUACAAAGUAAGUUAGAGUUGGAAGUGAUUGCCCUAGAAAAGGAAAAAACAGAAAAAUUAGCUCUCUGUGAGCAGCAGGAAAAAUAUGAAGCUAUUAUCCACAAGCUUAAGGAAGAGAAAGAACUGUUAGUAUCUACCCAAGAACAAGACAGGCAGUUGCUCAUUCAGAAGCUCAAUUGUGAAAAAGAGGAUGCAGUACAAACUGCUUGUAAAGAGUUUGAAUUACAGAGAGAAGCUGCUGAAAAAGGGCUUUUGGAAAAAAUACAACAGCUUGAGAUGCAAGUAAACCAGAGUCCUCCCACUGAAUCAUCUGCUGAAUCAAGCUUGGUUGCUGAACUUCAAGAGAAGCUUCAGGAAGAAAAAAUGAAGUUCUUAGAGCAACUUGAAGAGCAAGAGAAAAGAAAGAAUGAAGAAAUGCAGAACUUCAGAACAUCGCUCACUGCUGAACAGCAGACCAACUUUAACACUGUUCUGGCAAGAGAGAAAAUGAAAAAAGAAAACAUAAUUAAUGAUCUUAGUGACAAAUUAAAAAUGCUUACACAGCAGCAAGAAAAAGAUAAGGAUUUGAUUGAAACACUUUCUGAAGAUCGAGCCCGCUUACUUGAAGAGAAGAAAAAGCUUGAAGAAGAAGUUAAUAAGCUGAGAAGUAGUAAUUUUUCUCCAUCAACCUACUCAGCAGCAGCUUCAGAAGUUUGUGGAGCCUGCGCAGCUGAUAUUCCCACUGACACAGACAGACUAGUUUCUGACAUCGCAGCUGAAGGGAGAAUGGACUCUGCAAUGGAAACCAGUAUGAUGGCUGUGCAUGAAAAUGUCCAUAUGUCUGAAGAAAAACAGAGGAUAAUGUUGUUAGAAAGAACUUUGCAGUUGAAAGAAGAGGAAAAUAAGAGAUUAAAUCAAAGAUUGAUGUCCCAGAGCAUGUCAUCAGUAUCCUCAAGACAUUCUGAAAAAAUAGCAAUUAGAGAUUUUCAGGUUGGCGAUUUGGUUCUCAUUAUCUUGGAUGAAAGACAUGACAACUAUGUACUGUUUACUGUUAGUCCAACCUUGUAUUUCUUGCACUCAGAAUCUCUUGCUGCACUGGAUCUCAAACCAGCUUCAGGUGCAUCUAGGAGACCUUGGGUGCUAGGAAAAGUGAUGGAAAAAGAAUAUUGCCAGGCAAAAAAGGCACAAAACAGGUUUAAAGUUCCUUUGGGUACAAAAUUCUACAGAGUGAAAGCAGUACCAUGGAACAAGAAAGUAUAACACAACAAAAUUUUGGUUCAUUCUGUCUCCAUUCUUUUUUGACUUGUCCUUCAGUGCUCGUUCAUCGCUCCAAAUACCAGGCCAUCUUUUUAUACUGAGGUCGUGUGACAAGAUACGUCAUUGAUGUACUGCUUUUACUUUUUAACAGGUCACAUUUUAGAAACAAGAAUUUAAUCAAAAACUCUGGCCCUAACUGUUCCAAUUUUUUUAUCCAGAUAACUUUAGGAGUGUGGACCAAAUGAGUUCAUUUUCUCAAAGGGCAACCACAUGAAACAUGGUUUGUUAGCCAUGUUAAUUGCCUGUUAAAUAUACAUUAGCUUGUAUUUAGAUGUUAAAUGUUAGUUGCCAUUAUUACCAGCAUACGUCCUUUUGUGAAAUCAUUUUCAAAGUACUUGCACUCUUUAACAGAUUCUUUAUAUGUGUAAAAUUCAUCCACUAUUUAAAGAGGAGUGUUCAUUGCAUGCAGAUAAUCAUAUAAUUUUUCUUCAACAUGGGUUUGCCUCAGUAGAUGAAUAAAAAUAACUACUGCAACUUGUUUCAUUACAUGAAAAUGCUCUUUAAUGUAAAAAAAAAAAAAAAACCCUGUCAUUUGAUAGACUGAUUUUGAAAAUCAGUCACAGCUAGAUCUGCAAUCUUCAAAAGCACUUUCGAUGGAUUGAUCACACAGAUUCUGAAGGGAAGACGCCUGUGCUGUUUGUUCAAAGUGAAGCACUUGUUCUUCCCAGCAAAACAGAAAUCUUGUAUUAAUCUAUUUAGAAAAAUCAUAUUGAUGAAAUUGUAUUUCAUGGUUGAGUUUCAGGAAAAAACUCAUUGUACAUUAACCAUACAGGAGUCAUUUAAGUAACAAAUU